AUCAUUAACUAGAUGGAAUCAUAAGCGUUAGAUUUGAUUGGUUGUCGAGGCGUGUUUCUUGUGUUAUCAAGUUUCUGUGCUCCAAAGCUGGAAGCAGAGGGGAAGAUUGUCGGGAGGUAUCGGAGUUGUAGUGGGUGUGGAUAAGGCCUUGCAGCAGGGUGACAGCGAGCAUGGUGGGCUUCGGAGCCCCGCGGCGCACUGGUCGCUUACCGCCCUUUGUGUUGGUUGCGCUUUUGGCUGUUAUCGGUCUUUUGGCCUUUAAUUACUGGAGUGUAUCUGCCCGCCAGGCCGCUCUCCAUGACGAGCUGUUGGGGCUGCAGGCUCAAGUCCAGCGCACUGAGGUGGCACGGAGCCGGCUGGAGAAGCGCAACUCGGAGUUAAUGAUGCAGUCGGACAGUCACCGGAGGCAGAUAGAACAGAAGCAGGGCGAGUACCAAGGGCUCGGGGAGCGGCUACAGGCCCGGGAUAUCCAGGCACAACGCUGUGAGUUGGACAAGUCUAAACUGCAGACUAAUGUGUCCCUUCAGAUGGCAGAUAUCAGUCACUUAAAGGAGCAACUUGCUGAACUGCGGCAUGAGUUUCUGAGACAGGAAGAUCAGUUGCACGAGUACAAGAAUAACAACACUUUCCUUCAGAAGUCCCUGCAGGAAGAAAGUCAGCAGUGCGCACAACAACUAGCAGAACGUAAGCGUGAAUAUGAGGAAAACCUUAGCAAGCAAAAGGAGGAACUAGAUAAGCAGCCCCAGAAAGACGAAGAAGAGGGAGGUACUGUUGAUAAUAAGAUGCACAUAUUACCCAGUGAGGUGAAAGAAAAGAUAGAGGAUCCGUCCAGUAAUCGGCUGCCUUUUGCACAAGAUGGUAUCAAACUUGAAAGUGAUGCUGGAAUGCCAGAAAUAGAGGACAAUGAGCCAGCAAAAGAAGAUAGUCUUCAAAAUGAUGUGAAGGGACAGGAUACUGGUGCUUUGCCAAGUCAAAGUAAAAGUCUGCUUGAAAAGCAACCCUCCCUUCAGCCAUUAUCAUUCACCGAGCAUGAAGUGAAGAAACCCUUGCCUGAUAAAAAGGAAACUGUGCAAAUCCCAGAAGUAGAAGAGAAUGCCCUACAAUUAGAGCCACAUCCUCUAAAGCAGAUGCCCAGGGAUUCAAAGACAAUGAGCUUUAACUUAAAACAAAGUCGGUUCUUUGAUGAGAAUGAGUCCCCUGUAGAUCCUCAGCAUGGAUCAAAAGUGGCAGACUAUAACGGGGAUGAUGGGAACGUGGGUGAGUAUGAGGCAGACAAGCAGGCAGAACUGGCAUACAAUGAGGAAGAGGAUGGUGAUGGGGGAGAAGAAGAUGUGCAAGAAGAUGAUGAUCAUGACGGACAAGCAGAUGCUGGCGAAUACCAUAAAGAUCACUUGAAUGAAACACUGUAACUUGGGACGCUAGUAACAAACAGAUCACAGAGUGCUGACUGAUGUAAGGGUUUCUCUGGUUUGUUUCCUAUCUUGUGAAAAGAAGGUUUAAAGAUCAAGAAUAUAUCUGUCUGAAAGAGCAUCAAGUAAAGAUCCGUGAUGUCGCUGAGGUACUGAUGUAAGCCUUUCUGUGUUGAAUGGACUGAUGCCGAUGGAUAAAGACUUGCACAAACAAAGAACUGUUUCUAGUGAAUAAAUAGAAGUUUUAGCUGGGUCCUUUUUUUCCUAUUGGGUUGUAAAGAGGGGACAAUUUUAAGAAAUGUGUUCAUGAUUCCGCUUCCAUUAAGAUUCUUUAUGGGUUCCAGGCUCGACUGGCCAGAUAAUGAAUUCUGCACACUGGUGCCUAAACUGUACAGAAAACCAGGCCUCAUGAAGGAGAGACGUCUCCUGCAUUCUUUACACUGAAAUCCCCUAGCUGUGCUUUUACCUCCAUUCUGACAGUGAUGCUGUACCCAUUAACUGUUAUUGCCAUGUUAUUUAUAAAAGCUUUCUGAUAUAGAAUCUACAGUAUUUAAGACCAUAUUUAGGACCUAACUAAUUGGGGGGGAGCAAUGUGUGAGUGUUAUAGGGUCAUAUCUUCGUCUGCAAGCAGCACAGCCAAGUACCAGUGUCACUAAAUCUAUUUGUAUAUUACUUGUAUUUUGUAUGUAAUUGUGUUAAUAGAAUGGCACGGUGUGAUUAGUGUGUGAUUUGCACUCCCUAUGUCUUAAAGGGCCAGACUAGUCUCUUAUUUGAAAUGACGGGUGGUUUGUGUUAACGUAUGUAUAUAGAGAUCUCUAGUAAGAAGCUUUGGGCUAGGCUAGGUACUAGUUGCACACCCUCUGAAGAGUAAAUGUGCCAGAGUGUAAAGAAAAGAAAAAAACCCUGCAUCACCCCGGAGCGUGGUUUCUGUACACUAGUCAUAACAUAUCCACCUACCCACAAUUCCCCUUUUCCUAUUUCCAAGUGAGGAAAUGCCAAAAAUAUGCAGUCGGAAUUUAAAAGUGGAAACCUGACUGAGAUCAUUGCUUGGCAUUAGGCCCAAAGUAAAAUGGUUUCUUCUGUUUUGCUUCAUGUUCUAGUCACAGAGUCUUUAUGAAGUGUUAUCCUACCCAUAUCUUAACCGCCAGCUUCUAUGCAGUUAGCAGGGUCCUCGGGUUUAUUACCUGGAACCUGAAUUUACCAUACUUUGAAGACCCAGCAUUUCAUUUAAAUAAAGAAGAUCAAGGUAACACUUCAGCACUUACCUCGCUUGGUAGUUUCUGGAACUGUUUUGGUGCAAAAAUAAUGGAUUCUCCUCAAUUUUCUACUGACCUGAAUCUCUCUCUCCAAUGUUGUAUCAUCUCUCACCCAGCUAGUGCUGUGGCCCCGUUCAUAUGAGGCACUACAAAUAAAAGAUGAUAGAAAGGU